UGGAUCACGUACCACCACACUAACUGUAGAUGAAAGGUGGUUGUGGGCACUCACCACGCUGAGAGAUAGAGGCUGCGGCACUUGCGAACCCCCGAUUGGUGGGGACCUGUGACUCGGCCUACCUGCGGCAAAACUAUUUUGAAGUCAAGCUGCUCCAUCCGCACCUUGCCUCUGCAACGAACUGUCUGUUUCUGCUCUUCAGUUCCAGAUAUGGUGGGCCAAAAGGAACCCCCCAUACCGAGGCCUCGUCCUGCCCCGCGCGGGGCAAUGACAGCCGCGCCCGGCGCAGCUGCAACUAAAGACGCAGGCGGUGAUAUACAGGAGGGCAAGCGCGCGCUCGCAGAAGAUGGAAUGGACGUGGAUCCGCCCGCCAACGCUGCCGACAAGAACCGUCGCCAAAAAGCGCCACUCAACAGCAGCGCGAAGGACGAAUUCGCGGCCAUGCUCGAACCCUUCUACUACGGCAAAUCGCUUACCGAUCCCAUCGACACUGCGCGUGACAAGUGGAACUUACUCCCGGCGUUUCUGAAAGUAAAGGGUCUGGUGAAGCAGCACGUUGACUCGUACAAUCACUUUGUCGAUGUGGAUCUUAAGAAGAUACUCCAAGCGAACCGAUACGUGCGCAGCGAUCUCGACCCAAAGUUUCUGCUCGAAUACAAGGAUAUUCGGGUGCUGGCGCCGAAUCGUGCGGAAGAAGACAAUGUGAACGGACAUUACAAGAGCACAAUUACGCCCAACGAGUGCCGGUUACGAGACAUGACAUACGCUGCGCCCAUCGUUGUGGACAUUGUAUAUACGCGCGGAUCCAGUCGGGUCAGGAGGAACAACGUGCAGAUCGGCAGAAUGCCUAUCAUGCUCAAGAGCAACAAGUGUGUGCUUGCAGGGAAGAACGACAGGGAGAUGGCUCUUCUGGAAGAAUGCCCGCUGGACCCCGGAGGCUACUUUAUUACAAGAGGCCAAGAGAAAGUUAUCCUCGUUCAAGAACAACUAAACAAGAAUCGUGUCAUUGUGGAGAGUGCGAAAGGAAUCAUGCAGGCCAGCGUAACGAGUUCGACCAACGAGCGGAAAACGAAGACAUACGUGAUUCAAAAGAAAGGCCUCAUGUACCUGCGCCACAACACGCUUUCCGAGGAGAUUCCGAUUGUCAUUGUCAUGAAAGCGUUAGGAGUGCUCUCAGACGAGGAAAUCAUGGUUUUGAUUUGCGGCGACGAUGCUGAGUAUCAGGACAAGUUCACCGUUAAUUUUGAAUCUUGCAUGCAAGCCAAAAUCUUUACACAACAAGCAGCACUGGAACAUGUUGGCCACCGCGUCCGCCUGACUAAGAAAUUUGGACGAGCUAGGAACUACUACCUCGAAGCCAUUGAAUGCUUAGCGAACGUCGUCCUGCCUCACGUGGCUGUGGAAGGUACCAAUUUCAGGACAAAAGCUCUGUACAUUGCAUUGAUGGCACGGAGGGUCGUCAUGGCUGAAGUCAAUCCCAGCCUCGUAGACGACCGAGAUUAUGUCGGCAACAAGCGUCUCGAAUUGUCCGGUCAGAUGUUGUCCCUCUUAUUUGAAGAUCACUUCAAGAGAUUCAAUCACGACUUCAAGCUAGGAAUAGACAAGGUGCUUAAGAAGCAGAACCGCGCCCAAGAAUUUGAUGCCUUCUCGCACAUCGGCGCCCUUAAGAACCACAUCACGCUCGGUAUCGAGCGUGCUAUUGCUACCGGCAACUGGAGUCUCAAGCGUUUCAAGAUGGACCGGGCGGGUGUUACGCACGUUCUCAGUCGGCUUAGUUACAUUGCGGCUCUCGGUAUGAUGACGCGCAUAUCCAGUCAAUUCGAGAAGACAAGAAAGGUGUCGGGUCCCCGUGCGCUACAGCCUUCUCAAUUCGGUAUGCUGUGCACUUCGGACACGCCCGAAGGAGAAGCCUGCGGUCUCGUCAAGAACCUGGCUCUGAUGACUCACAUCACCACCGAGGACGACGAGGACCCAGUACGAAAGAUGGUGUUCCUCCUGGGAGCUGAAGACAUCUGCAUGCAGACUGGUGAAGAGAUACACAGGGAAGGCUUGUACUCGGUCUGCCUCAACGGUACCCCUAUUGCCCUUACGAGCACUCCCAAGAGUUUCCUCGUCAACUUCCGAAAGCUAAGGCGAAUGGGCCGAAUAUCGGAGUUCACGAGCAUCUACAUCAACCACGAUUUCUGCGAGGUGCACAUCGCUACUGACGAAGGUCGCAUCUGUCGGCCGCUCAUCAUCGUGGAGAACGGACGGUCUAAAGUCACAGCGCGUUACCUGAAGGCGCUCCGAAAAGGAUCAAUGGAAUUUGAAGACUUUCUUACCCGUGGUUUGGUUGAGUAUCUGGAUUGCAACGAAGAGAAUGAUACCAACAUUGCGAUCAGAGAGAAAGACAUUGGACCGUACACAACUCACCUGGAAAUCGAGCCAUUUACAAUCCUCGGCGCUGUCGCCGGCCUGAUUCCGUAUCCUCAUCACAACCAGUCGCCUCGUAACACAUAUCAGUGCGCUAUGGGUAAACAAGCCAUCGGAGCUAUCGCAUAUAACCAGUUCACCAGGAUAGACACACUCUUGUAUCUCAUGGUUUACCCUCAGCAGCCUAUGGUGAAAACAAGGACCAUCGAAUUGACAAAGUACGAUAAGCUUCCCGCUGGGCAGAACGCCACCGUCGCCGUCAUGUCAUACUCCGGCUAUGAUAUUGAAGAUGCCCUUGUGCUUAAUAAAGCAUCCUGCGACCGCGGUUUUGGGCGUUGCCAGGUGCUUAAGAAGACUGUCGUGCCACUCAAGACCUAUGCGAACGGUACCUCGGAUGGCAUUGACGACAAGACGGCCAUGCAGCCCAAAAAUCUUGCAGAUCCAAAGUACGGAGCAAUCGGAAAAGAUGGAAUCGCGCAGGUCGGCGCCCGAGUGAACCAGGGCGAAACCUACCUGAUGAAAGCCGUGCCUUCGGACACCACGACCGGAGCACGCGGCAACAUCCCCAUGAAGACCCAAGAGAUGCGAUACAAACUUCCCGACCCGUCCUACAUUGAUAAAGUCUGCAUCACCGAAAAUGAAGCAGGCACCUCCCUCAUCAAGCUUCUGCUGCGGCAAACACGCCGCCCUGAGCUCGGCGACAAGUUCUCGUCUCGCCACGGACAAAAGGGUGUCUGCGGUCUGAUCGUCAACCAAGAAGACAUGCCCUUCAAUGACCAAGGCAUCUGCCCCGACAUCAUUAUGAAUCCCCACGGUUUCCCCUCACGUAUGACGGUCGGGAAAAUGAAGGAAUUGCACUCGGGCAAAGCCGGCGUCCUGCGCGGCACCCUCGAGUACGGUACCUGUUUCGGCGGCUCCGAAGUCCUCGACAUGGCCGACGUCCUCGUGGAACACGGCUUCUCCUACACAGGCAAGGACUACCUUACCAGCGGCAUCACCGGCGAAGCCCUCCAGUUCUACGUCUUCUUCGGCCCCAUCUACUACCAGAAACUCAAGCACAUGGUCCAAGACAAGAUGCACUCGCGCUCCCGCGGCCCGCGCGCCAUCCUCACUCGGCAACCCACCGAGGGUCGCGCGCGCGACGGCGGUCUGCGUCUUGGAGAAAUGGAGCGUGACUGCCUCAUCGCGUACGGUGCAUCGCAGCUGCUGCUCGAGCGGCUGAUGAUCAGCUCCGAUGCGCACAAUGUCGAUGUGUGCGAGCGGUGCGGACAGAUGGGGGCGAGUGGGUACUGCCGCAUCUGUGAGAGUGAGAAGGGCGUCAGGCGCAUUACCAUGCCGUAUGCGGCGAAACUGCUGAUUCAGGAGUUGGGGGCGAUGAAUAUCAAGGUUACGAUUGGGUUGGAGGAUGAGUUUGGGAAGGGGGGUUAUGAUUACGAGGCUUAGGCGGAAGGUUUUGUUUACUGCAUAGCGCGGCGAUUGGACGGGGCAUUCUUCGGUGUUUGGGCAGGCGCUGGGAUUGAUAUGUUAUUGUGCUUGGAAGAAAAGCGUGUAUGGAGAUUAGCUUUUCGCUUGUAACCUUCUAUCCGCAAACAGA